CAUGUUUGUUUAUUGUCACUGAUAGUUACAGGUAGACCAGAAGUUAGCAGUUUUUGAGUUCAUGCCCCACACUUUUUGUUUGUUGACAAUUCUCGUCACUCCUGUUUUUGUGACGAGUGUCAUUACUGUCUAGUUACAGCGCCACCAUGGGGUUUCUACUGUCUAAAUCCAUGGAUGCAAACUUUAAAAAGCAGCAAGAAUUUAUGCUCCACAAUGCACGGCUGCAGAUGGAACGUCAGAUGGUGAUGCAGAACCAGAUGAGAGAGAGACAGAUGGCGAUGCAGGUUGCCUGGUCCAGAGAGUUUCUCAAAUACUAUGGGACUUUCUUUGCGUUGGCUACAGUUGGACUAACUGUAAGUGCCAUUAAAAGAAGGAAGCCAUUCCUAUUGGCUCCCAUCGUUCCUCUGGGCUUCAUAAUGGCCUACCAGGUGGACAGUUCCUAUGGGACGCUUAUUUAUCGAGUGAGAGGGGAGGCUGAGAGUAUCAUGACGUCUGACCACGACCGCCUGGACUUGCCUCAUGGGACUCCAACCUUCGAAAGCAUAGAGAAAGCUCGCCGCGCUAGAAGCAGCCUCGCCUCCUUCCUGGAGAAAUGAGGUGUUGUUUAUUAAAACACAUCAUCCCCGUCCAGUCGAUGCAUUCACCAUUCUGCUUUAUGCUGCUUUGACAUUAUUGAGUCUAUGGUUUGCACUAAUUCUAUAUCAUGGACCUUGAUUCAAAUUAGUUUAAAUAAUAAAUAGUGUUGCUGUUGUUUUGUAGCUAUUGUUAUAAAAGAUGCAUGAGUUACCACAUACUGAAGCCAAACUAAAUACUUUGGGUUGUGUUACACUGUCAGUAUGCGGCAUAUCAUGGAAUACAUCUGUCAAAUUCAUGUUUGCAUCAAUUAAAGCACUGUAACAUCAAUAAUGUUUCCAUAUUCAAAGUCAGGCUCUAACUUUGGAAAGCUAUUGCCAAUUGAACCCUCAGAAGACAGACACAAAUGUUUAGAAUUAUUGUUAAAGAUGAAAUACUUAAUUUGAGUUUUCACACAAUUCCAGAAGAUAUUUAAACCAGCGCAGCUCUAUCUCAUUUUCAAAUUGCAUUAUGGAAAAGUCAGUUAGCAUGCUGGUCUGGUUUGCCUAUAUUUUGUCCUUUUUCCUAAAGAACAGCUUAGCCUCAGUUUGUUGUACGUAAUGUGCACCUGGCAAACAUCUUAAUAUGUUGUGUUUAAGCUUAGUUUAUUGUAUCGUACAUUAAAGGUGCAUUAAGUGAUGUUCGACCACUAGAGGGCAGAACAUACUUAUUAAGCUAUAGAAAUACAAUUUGGUUGAUUCAUUCAUUUGCCAGGACUGGAUAAUCAAAGUAGCUACAAAGAAUAAUCAACACUACCGACAUGCGUCCUGAUGAAGAUUAUUGUUACUUCACACUCUAUCACUAAAUGGUUUGUUCGUGGUUUCUGAAAAGUUGAUUUGCCGAUUUGGAAUUUAAUUGCAAAGAAGCUUUACACCAAAGCUUUAGUUGGCAUUGUUGCACCUGUAACUUGUAUUUGUAUGAUCACAACUGUAUUCAGUGGAUGUAAAAUAUAACACGGUGCUGAUAUUUAUGAAUUGUGCAUUUGCCAUAAUUUUAACUCAUGUAUGACAUCAUGGAAACUAUUUUUGGUAAUCAAAUAAAAAUAAAUAUUGCCAAGUCUU